AAGAGAGCGAAAGAAAGAGAGAAAGAGACCCACGCACACACUCACACACACACACACAGACAUAAAUAUUAAAAGGACAUUUAACACGAUUGCAUAGUUUACGAUGCGUGUCAUGCGGAUAAAUUGUUAAAAAAAAAAGAGGCUAAGAGGGGUAAGAGGGGUAAGAAAGGGCGAGAGGGACGAGAAAGAGAUAACAAUGUUGAGGCAAGGAUGGAUUUUAAUGUUCCUCAGCGUUGGAAUAACAGCGCUUGCUCCUGCGCCUUAUGAGACAGACGUAGAAUCCUUGAGAAGUGCUCUAAAUGCUGUGAAAAGAAAACAAAUAUCGUUGGAACCCACAUCUCAAGAAUAUUACAAUGAUUUUCGUCCGCGAAAGUAUCAUCACGAAAGUGACGUCGAGAAAAUGUUUGAAAUGGAACGACAGAAUGAUCGAGUUCUACCAGAUGAAAAUGAAAAACUUGAAUUUCUACCUAAUGAGAACGGACAACUCGAAAUGGUGGAUGACGAAUUUCAAGGAAUGAACGACAAGAUGCUUGAAAAGUCAAUUCUCAAUUAUUUGAUGAACGCACAGGAGCAGGAACGUGUACCGUCGUCACUCUUUCGUGAACGUGAACGAAGUUCUAGCCGUAAAAGGGCUAACGCAAAUGACGAUAUAGAUUUUCGCGAAAGGGCGAAUUUAAUUUUAGAACAAUUACGAAAUAGCGAUCCUUCUGUUUUAAAAGAACUUGAAGAAAAUUAUUUGGAUGCACCAAUUUUGGAAAAAUAUGAAAUGAACCAAGGAAAGAAACUCUACGAGAACGAAAGUCCGAUGUCAUGGAGUGAGCUUUUCGAUAAAGAAUACCAAGGGAUACCAGGGGAGGGGGGAAGGAGAAACGGUGAGGAAAAUGAUUUCGCGAACAAAGAUAUGGAACAGAACAUCCUUUAUUUCUUGCCAACCGAACGAAGAAACGUAAACGCGAGAUAUCCUUUGGGUAGACAAUUUGACAAAUAUCGGCGAACAUUGAGUAAACGUUAUCCGAUAGCUAAAAGAAGCCCCAAAGAAUUUCAACAGAUGGAGAAACAAAUAAUGGAUCCAAAGGUUGCACAAGAUUUAGGCGCAUUAUUCGGCACGCAAUCCGCCCUUAAGACUCGUAAUUAUACACGAGCUCGUAAUAACGAUCAUGAUCACGAUCAUGACCACGAUCACGAUCACGAACACGACCACGACCAUGACCACGAACACGAACACGAAAAUGAAAAUAUGAAAAAUCAUAUUAUUCGCAUCGAUACAUCGGAAACUCCUAAAGUAAAGCCUACUUCUAAAGGUCAAAAGGAAAACGUAACGAAAACGAUCAAUACAUCAAAUGGGAAGAGUAUCGAAGUGAAGAAGAAGAGCGUCGAUUGGUCUCAGUAUUUUGGUAUCGAUCGUAGAAAGAAAAAGACUACAUUCUUGGCCCGGCCAGAUACACAAGAUCAAGAUGACGAGUGGAUGUUGCAACGAUACUAUGAGAACAUGGCCGAAAAUUUGAAACAUCCCGAAGAAGAAUCCGAGACCGAAAGCAAUGAUAAAAAGGAUAAAAUCGAGCGUAUGUAUACGAUGUUGAGUGACAUCAGUAUGGAAUUGGAAAAGGAAAGGGAUUACAUCAUGAACAAACUGGCAGCUGCAUAUUCGUACAAAAAAAUUCGUAAGGCACUCGACGGACUACACAAUAUUCUUGCCAUUCAGAAAGAAAUUCAAAAUAAUUUAACUGACAACUUUCAUAAUAAUGGGAAUACUAUGAAAAGUGAAAAUAAGCGGAUCAGCUUCAAUGCAGGCACUAAAGAAGUCUCGGACGAAAACAAGAAAUGUCCUGAUUUAGAGAUAAUUGAACGACAUUGUAAGACUGCUUACAAUUUUGCUGGGGAUAAUAAUCAGAUGUUUUACUUUCCAUGCGUUACCUAUCAAAUAUGUAAAGCUUGCGUACCCAAUGAAACAGAAGAGGAAUGCUUAACGAGCUUCGCAUUAGAAACGGCCAAAGCUUGCGACGCUAUUGUUAAGGAGAAAGGAAUUUAUAAGGAGCUCCAAUUCUGUAUCGAUACGGUCCUAAAUUCAAUGAAAUUACAACCGAACAUCGGUAUUUCUGAACAAUGUCGCGUCAACAAGGAAUAUUGUUUACGUCGAUAUCAUUAUCGUUAUCGACAUCGUUAUCCAAGCUUUCCUUUUUAUGUCGAUUUCUUAUUUAACAGGGGUUCCGAUUUAUCGCAAACGUCUGACUGAUAAGAGAUCAUUCGAAUCUCUCGUAGGUAGUCGUAUUGCAAAGGUUGAUAAAUAAAUCGACAGGCAGGCAGGCUGGCAGGCAGGCAGGCAGGCAGGCAAGCAGGCAGGUAGACUGGCAAGCAGGCAAGCAAAAGAAAAAAAAAAAAUAACGCGUUCCCCAUAAUUACGUGCGCUCGAAUCAAAACGCGGUCUAUAAAUCAUCAUCCUUCUAUAUUUUUAAUCAUCGUUCUAGGUCUUCCCUUCUAAUCUUCCUCUCCCUUGUCUACAAUGCGGUAGCGAACGUUUUAAGGAUUCAAAUAUUAUUUCAAAUUUACAGUUUUUAUUGAAACAGCACAAAAAAUCAUCUAAUUCGUCGAAAUCGAUUCGAAAGCACGUCAUUAGCACGUCAUUAGCACAUCAUUAUUUCAUGAGCUCGCCUGAUUAUUGAGCUUUAUUUUAUGGAUUUUACAAUAUUAUAUUUUAUAUUUUAUAACAUUAUUGAGACGUACAUAUGUAUAUCGCUUUUAAUACAACUACUUACUUCUUUUCUUGUUUUUUUUUUUCCUCUUUUCGUCGAGAGAUGCUACUCGUCUGGACAAUUAAGAUUAUUUUUUCAUUUUAAAAUAUAAUUAUUUUAAAAAAGAAAGAAAUCAUGUAGGAAUGAUAAAGACAAUAAUUAAUGACUAAAAUUUAUGACUAUUUUGAUGUACUGAUCUUACAUUAUCAUUUUUUAUACGAUUAUUAACAAAUCAUUACAAUAGAAUUCUUCUUUAGAGCAUAAUGAUAAGCCUUCAUAUAUUACAUAUGUAUUAGAAAUCCGAUCACAGUCCGGAUGAGUAGCUCGAAUGAAGAUAGAAUUGAAUAAUUUAUUUUAUGAAUGUACAAAAAAGUAAUUACUAAUUAAAUGCCGCUAUUAAUAUAACAAAUUUGGAACUCUUCCAAAAUGCACUCUUAUCAGCAAUACAAAUAGCAAGUAUGAAAAAGAUGCAGUCCAAAUUCUGUAUAUGAUUCCAACAUCUAUAUUUUUGUCAACAUGUAUUUUAUGGAAAAAAAAAAAAAAAAGAAAAUCC